AUGUCUAAAGUACAAGUGGUCCUUGUGAUAGAAACCAUUUUGUGUAAAAUUGUUUCAUACGGAGCAACACUCCAUGAAGGAGACUGGGAACUUGUUUUUCAUGCUGUGAGUGGAAGCGGAGAAAAUGUCACGGAGGCGUGGCGAACAAAGUAUAAAAAAGAAUGCGAUCUAUUUAAAAACAACUGCCCUUGUUCAAUCAAGGAUGGCUGUCUUCCGUCCUCAUUUAAGAUGGAGACAUUAGGGUCGUGUCCGAGAAAACAUCUAAGAAGUGUCAAGAUUGACUAUUGGAAUUGUCUCGAUGUCAAGAAGGUAAAACUUGCACUAAAUUCCCAAGGAAAAACUCUGGCAUUUCUUGAAUUUGAUGGCAAAGGUUCCAAUCUUAUGAACUGGUUCCAAAAUAGCAGAAUAUUGAACAGCAGUUGGACAGAUAUGAAUAAGCAUGGAAGCUACAAUGUGUUUUCUAUCGACAAGGAAAAUCGCUAUGGCCGACAUUUUUUCGUCAAUAAGGUUUAUCCCAGAACAGGUUGUGCAGCAGAUGAAGGAUGGCUGGUUGUCAUGGAUUUUAAAAGAUCUGGUCCCUGUCCUUGCGAAGCACAGAAGUCGUACCCCCAGUUUCUCUACAGUCCUAAUGGGACGGUUACCAGAUGGCAAAAAUUUGAUACAGGACAGUUGGCUAAUACAAGACAGUAUACAUGGCUAAUACAGAACGGAAAGUAG